CGACGACGCGGGCCCGGGGGUCCCAGCGUCGGGCGCGGCGCCGGCAGGGCACCGCUGGCUGGCCGCCGAGGAGGCUGGCGACGGGGCCGUCAAGUUCGGCGACGAGCUGCCCAUCGGCUCGGCUGGAGGGCCGGUGCUCAUGGGGCACUGGGGCCGGCGCGGCGUGGCAGGCCUCGUGGGAGGCUGCUUCCUGGCGGUCGUGCUCCUGCGGGCCAGCGAGGAGAGCGUGUUCAGGCAGGAGUACCGCGGCUCGGACGCCAGAGUGCUGCCAGUGCUGACGACGGCGGUCGGGCGCAGCCGAGAGUGGCGGCCCCUGGUGUCCGACUGCCGCGAGGAGACGCUGCCGGACUUCUUCGUCGCCGGGCCCCGCACGGUGAAGCGGUGCGUGGAGCACCAGCAGCGCGAUGGUGGAGCCGCGCUGCAUCACGAGAACUGGCGCAGCAGGAAGCGGCUCCAGGCGACUGACUACGGGGUCGACCUCCGCGAGGCCUUGUCGAAGGUCGUGGCGCUGGGGGCCCACGACCAGGUGGACCUGUUCAACCUGGCGGGGGUCGAGCUGGCGCACCGCAAGUUGCAGCUGGUGGAGCGCUACCACGACGAGAGGGCGGCCGAGGCCUCGCAGGGGAACAUGCGAGUCCCGACGGAGGAGGCGCUGGCCUUCAUGGGCCACGGCCGCAGCUCGUCGAUGGUGUGCCCAGCCCUCCUCGACACGGUCAGCCGCGAGAUCGAGAGGGUAGCCACCAUUCGGAAGAACGCUCGCAAGCUCAGAGAGGAAGCCAGCAGCUGUCCGAAGGGCGGCAAACCCGAGAAGCAGGGGUGAGCUGGCGCGACGGGGCGCAGGCGGACCCCGGCCCGCGCCCCGAGGAGCGUUCAGAGGGGGAGGCUGCUGAGGAGAGGUGGCGGGGCUUGCUGCCGCUGCCGCUGCCAGAGGCGCCGAAUUUUGACCAGGCCGCCGGGCUGUUGGAGGAGGUUGGUCGAGCCAGCCGACGCCGUCAGGGAGCCAGGCGGCAUCAGCACCAGCUCAUGCACGAACUGGUGACCGCGCUGAACCAGCUGGACGCCGGAGAUGAUGCCCCCCGCGCCCCAGCGGCCAGGAAGCCGUCGCUCGUGCAGCAGCUGGCCAUGGAGCGUUUCGCGCACGCCUGCGCGGCCAUGGGGUCGCCGGGCGACCUCGCGCUUCAGGCAGCCCUUCGGGAGCUCCGAGGCCCGGGCGCCCACGGGGAUUGCGAGCCCGUCAGCCUCGCCCCGCUGAGCGUGGACCUGCUCAGCCUGCCAGCCGCCGGCGCGCAGCCGCGCCCCUUGGCGGACCUGUCGGGCCGGGGCGGGAAGCAGAGACUCUGCCAGUUUUUCGAGUCCAAAGUCUUGCCUAAGCACGUGGCCGAGGCACGGCGGGUGGAGGACGGUUUCAAGCGAGCCUACCUGGACCCCCUCCUGCGCAGGCCGGACAAGUACGCAGAGUUCCUGUCGCGUCUCAGCUCGACCAGUAUGAUCGACUUCACCGACGAUCAGGAGGAGGGGGUGGAGGUGGGCCUCUUCGCAGUGGGGAAGAAGAAUGGGCGUCAACGAUUGAUUAUCGACGCUCGUGCAAGCAAUUCUCACUUUUCAGAGCCGGACGGUGUGGCCCUCGCUACGGGGGCAGCCCUCAGCAGCAUCGAGCUGGGGGACGGGGCCAACCUUUUUGUCUCGGCCGUCGACAUCCAGGACGCUUUUUAUCAGAUGGAACUGCCGCCAGAGUUGCGCAAGUAUUUCCAUCUUCCUCGAGUCCAGCGACAGCGGCUACGUGAGGCCGGAGUGGCGGUGCAGGGCGGCGGGGUAUGGGCACGGCCGCGGAUGGCCGCGCUGCCCAUGGGCUGGGCACACGCCCUGGCCCUGCGCCAGCAGAUCCACGAGAGUGCGCUGGAGGAGAAGAGCGGGCUGGACCCCAGGCUCAGGGUCGCCGACGGCCGAGUGCUGCCGCCGCUGCGUGAAGGGCUGCACGCCGCCUACGUGGACAACUUCCUGGGGUUCGGCGACUCGGCUGAGCAGGCCGACGCUCAGCUGCGGGCCGCUCAGCGGGGGCUGGCCGCCCGAGGCCUGAGGCUCCACGAGCCCGAGCUGGCCGCGGAGGAGUGCGAGCAGCUUGGCUGGCGCUUCGACGGGUGUGGAGGCGUGCUUCGUCCGAAGAUGGCACGCCUCUGGCGUCUGCGGCCGGGUGCGCUCGAGCUCAUUCGAGUCGGGUUCGCCGGCGGGCGGCAGGUCGAGCGCGUAGUGGGCCACUUCACUUUUGCUGGCCUGGCGCGUAGGCCAGCCUUGUCAGUGUUUGAUGCCGUCUACUCUUUCUGUGCUCGUCACCGAAACCAGCAGCGUCGUCUUCCAGCAUCCGUCGUUCGAGAACUCCGAUGGGCUGUCGCUCUCCUGCCUCUGAUUAGUGCCGACCUCCGUGCCCCGUGGCUUGGGAGGCUCUACUGCUGCGAUGCGUCGGAGGAGGGCCGCGGGGUAGUCGAGAGGGACUUCGACUCGGAGAAGGUGGCGGAGGUCGGGAGGCGGCAAGAGAGGUGGAAGUACAGGCAGCUCGAGGGAGGUACCCCGGCGAGGCCACGCGAGGUGCUCGAGGAGGGCGUCGGGGAGAAGGUCGGGUCCGAGCGAUUCGAGGACGUGCCGAUCGACAUGGUGAGGGGGGAGUGGAGAGUGGUGUCGAGUGGAGGCUGGGAGCGGAGCGAGGGCAUCGCCACCCUCGAGGGCCGUUCACUCGUGCAUGCGCUCCGCCACGCCCUUCGAGACUCUCGUGCCGUGGGACGUCGUAUCCUCUGGCUGACCGACAGUAUGACGGCCACUCUGUCUCUGGGCAAGGGGCGCUCUUCCGCUUCAGGCAUGAUGCGCGUGGCGCGCCUGUUGCCUGGCGGGAGGUGUGGUGGCCAGCGCCCGGUGGCUUCCCUCAGAGCGGAACCCCGCUGAUUCUCCGUCGCGCCAGCGGAUACCCAUCGGGCUGCGCCUCCAUUUCGACGGUUCCGAGCGCCAUCGCGCCGACGGUCAGCCCGCGGCUUGGCCGGUCCGCGCGGGCAGGAGCUCUGACAGGGCCGCCGAUGGCAGGCUCGCCGCUCGCGAGCUCGCGGAGCUCGCCGCCUGGGAGGGAGCCUCCGCCCGCUG